UUUGGCCAUUUUGUGUAAUCCGGGAUACUUGUCUCAUCUCACUUGCCCGUUUUACCUCCUCCAGCAGUUCACCUGACGUCUCAAAUAUUGAACCCACUGACAGGCGUUACAGCAAAGAGAUGAUUAUAACCUGUCAGAGGUUACAUUGUUACGGCUAAUCGCGGAAUUCCAUGCACUGAACGCCGGUCACCCAGAUUCAACAUUAGUCCCAGACCCAGUAGUCUAACUACGUAUGCGUUAGCUCGACGAUGGACCACAAACUGAUGGACAAAUUACGACAAAACGGUUUAAAUAUAAGACAACUAAGAGGCCGAAUGUCUCCGACGAUCGUAGUGAGUCUUUAUAUUUAAUUAUGUGUGUUUUUUUUUUUUAAAACAAACGCACUAGAGCGAGGAAAACCCUCAAUGUGUAAGAUUUCUAACAUAUUUUGGUGUAAGGAAGAACGUAAUGUGGCUCGCGCGCUCUGAAGCAGACAUUAGCUCCUCCGCUUUACUGAGCUCAGUUACGCCGUCUAAAUGUACUUGUUUUAACUUUGACAUACACGUAACGUCUCACCUUCUCUCCCAGACAUGUUUUAAACUCGUCAAGGCGGUUAAAAAGAAGAAAAUAGAUGUAUUGUUAGCGACGACAGCCGGUGAGUCUUCUAAUCCGCGCUGGAAGGACCUCAGAGACCUCUGAACCGGAAGUGGACAGGCUGCGAUGCGCCUGAAGGAAAAGAUCACCCGGCUUUCGCUGUUUCAUUUGACAUUAAUGCUAACGCUGUAAGAAAUGUGAUCUGUGAGACAUGUGUGCGUCGACAUCACCGAGGAAUACGGCUAUGCCAAUUUCAAUGUGAAUUUACGUGGAUAAAACUCUCUAAAGGUCCUAGAAACAGUAAAGGUAAGUUUACUGCUCAACUAGCAUCGUGAAAGAAUUGAAUGAGGUAGUUAAAAGGACACAACUGUUAGCUGGUUAACCUUGUCAUAAAUAUUACUGUAAGUCAGAGUUACUGAUCAGAAAUCAUGUUAAUAUAACUAUCCUAAAGUAUAACUCAUUAUUUCACAUGAAGUGCUUGUUUGUAGUUUCUUUAUGCUGACAGUUCACCAUGUGGAUUAAGUGAUUUUCUCUCUACUGUGUACAAAGGUUGAAACUGGAAGAACUUUGUACUUGUUUUUACUUUUGGUUUGUUUUUGUUUCCCAUUUUAGUGAGGUUUGGUUACUGAAUUGUGUUUCACAUGUUGUAGGUGUAGUUUAUAUUAUGUUCAGCAUUUUGAAGCUUUAAAAAUGAUAAAGAUGUUAAAGUAUGUCCAUGUGGAUUCUCAUUCAUCCAGGUCAUGGUUUUCUUGAAGACUCCAAAAUCAGGCAACUGGACUGUGUAGAGUUGGGAAGACGUUUCGCCUCUUUAUCCAAGAAGCUUCUUCAGUUCUAAAUAUUGCUAGUGUGAGGAGCAGAUAUUUAUCUUACUGGAGAAGGGGACAGACAACGACUGGAAAAGAAUGGGUCGUAGAAAUCCAUCUCCGGGUUAUCUCCGGGGUACAUGAUACUAUCAGCAUAAUGUCAGAGCCCCACAGAUGUGAAAAUUCUUCUGAUAUUUUUGGUCAAUAAGGUGCAGCAUUAUCUACUAUUUGUGUACUAUGACAUCUUAGAAGUGCCAAUAUCAAAGUACAACAAAUAGGCUGUGUAGAACUGUUUUGGAGUGUUGGAAACAGACACUUAAAUAGCUAUUUUCAAUGUUUGUGGAGCACAAGAGGUGCAGGGGAAGAAGAGCACCAGUCCUUUAAAUAUUACCAGUUUGAUUAUGCAUCCAAAGAAACGAUCAUGUUUGACAGCAUUAUGAGUUUCUGAAAAGUAAUGGUGAAAAAGUGUUAACCUGCAGUGAACACAAGUAUGUUUUUAACAGCACUGAGAUGUUGCCUCUGUGCUCUAUCAUCAGCCAGUCUGAACUCUAUUGAGCCGAGCUGGAGCGUUUUUAAUCAGGUGUUUUGAACCUCUGAAACCUGUACCAUGGCUAAUAUGAUUGUCUCACAUGUGUUUUACUGCUGUUGUCACAGAUGCCCAUUCCAGAGUCAGAUCUAUGACGGUCCUGAGAGUGAAGCUCUGACUGUUUUCCACCUGCACUUCAGACUGUUGACCUCAUAAUGUGGUAUGUCUGUCUCCUCCCAUCUUUAAAACCUUCUCAGCUCACAGUAAUGAGGCAGUUUUAACCGUGUUUUUACCUCGUCAGGUACAGAGGAGCUCAGAUAUGUCUCUGGGCUCAUGGCUCAUACUGUGCGUCCCGGCACACCUGGCCUGGCAGAAUAACUCUAGUCAGAACAUACAGCACUCACCAUACGCCUGGUUCUCCUCAACCCACUGACCCGGUCCCUCCUGACAGGAAGGGUGGAUCUGAAGUGGUGAAGGAGCGGGCUCUGGCUGCCCUGCAGGUACACUGAAUCCCUGCUCUUCAUGUCUACGGCAGACUUAAAGACUUAAGACAGACAGCACUGCCAACAGGGUUACCACUGAUGAAUUAUGAAAACAUCUUACCUCCUUUCUACUUCUCUUCCUUCUCCAGUAUGCUGGUGAAGUGGGUCAGCAAUGGGGUCAGAGGUCAGCUCAAACAGCCACUGCCACAGUCAACUACUGGUGGGCGAGAUAUGAGGAGUUUGUGGGGCUCAAUGAGGUCCGAGAGGCCCAGACCAAAGUCACUGAGGUAAGAAGAACGAGGAUGUAAAGAGUGCUUUUCUGUGAGUUGAUAUUCAGUGAAAAUACCUGGUGACCUGCAGAUGCUGAACUCCCCUUUUCUUACUGCCUCAUAUCAAAGUUACAGACUAAUGUUUCCAAGUCUUUAUUCUUUAUUCAUACGGAUCCCCAUUAGCUGCCACCACGGUAGCGGCUACUCUUCCUGGGGUCCACAAAUAAAACAAACAACACUAUACAAGACAAUACAAUACAUAAUUCAAUAAAACAUGUACAGUCUUGCAAAGGUCAUUUAAGACAAUAAAAGUCCAGUAAAAAGCAAACCACAAACAAAAAAAAACAAAAAACAAAACAACAAGAAAAAAACAAGCAGCAAACAAAUUAAACUAAAGUUUAAAAGUCAGUUAAGAUUACAAUUAAGAUUAGUGUAAUUUGUCAGGUGUCUUUUAAGGAGUCUCUUAAAACUAGCCUUACUAGGUGCUUCCAUGAUCAUUGUCGGUAAUGUGUUCCAAAUGGUAAUUGCUCGAUAAAUUACAGAUCUGCAGACUGCAUUUGUUCUGGGUUUUUCUUUAACCAUGUCACCCCUAGUAGCCUGCCUGGUAUUAUAAUUAUGACGAUCUCUCACAUACUGUAUUUGCGAGUUCAAACAAACAGAUUCUUUGUUAAAACAAAUAUUCCUAAAGAACCUCAUUAAAUUACAGUCUGCUGCAGUGAUGUGACAAAGAUCCUGACUCUCUGUGCUGUGUGUUUUCUGCAGGCUGAAUCAGCGUUCAUGGUGGCCAGAGGGAUGGUACGAGAGGCUCACAUCAGCCUGGAGGCACUACAGGUCAGACUGAAGGAGGUCAGAGACCGGCUGGACCGAGUCUCCAGGGAGGAGGCUCACUACCUGGAGCUGGCAACACAAGAGCACAAACUACUGCAGGUCAGCUGGGGCUUUAAUUCGUGUGUUUUUAGUGUUUUUUUUUUUGCUUUAGAUUAAUUUUGAAAAGGUUUCUGCUUGUUGGGAUUAAACUUCAAGAUGUGGGAUGGGAGAUGAGGGAAGCAACGGAUCUUAAAUGUUGCAUUUUCGUUUAAUCAGAGACAAUUCACUGUCUUCUUCCUGCAGGAGGAGCGACGUCUGCGGACAGCGUAUGAGAACGCAGAGGGUUCAGAAAGGGAGAAGUUCGCCUUGUUCUCCGCAGGUGUCAGAGAGAGCCAUGAGAAAGAGAGGUCGAGAGCAGAGCGCACCAAAAACUGGUCCAUUAUCGGUUCAGUACUUGGGGCUCUUAUCGGGGUCAUGGGAUCAACAUAUAUCAACCGGGUCCGCCUCCAGGUUGGUUUCUGCAGUGAGGAGUUUUUCCAUGUUUGGAGAUGUUAUGAAUUGAGCACAAAGUUGCUCUUUUUGUGUUAUAUUUCAUUCAUAUCAAAGCAUCACUUUUGAUGACUUUUCCUUCUUUAGGAGCUGAAGAGUCUCCUGCUGGAGGCUCAAAAAGGUCCAGAGAGUCUGCAGGAAGCCCUCAAAGUCCAGGCUGGAAACCAUCGCUCCCAGCAGGACGAACUGCGUACGCUUAUUGACAGCCUCAGGGUCGCUCUGAAUGACGCCCUCACACAGAGAGACAUCCUCCUGCAGGACAAAGCAGGUCAGGCCUCAAACCAGCCCACUGUGCCUCUUUCAGCAUUAAGAGACCUCCACACCGGCAGCAAAAAGACACAGUCUCUCCUGGAGGCUCUGCCACCUCGGCUGGGUCAUCUGCAGCAGGGACUGGGCCGAGUGGAGGCUGAUUUGUCGUUGGUGAGGAGGCUGCUGGAGACCAAACCACAGGCUGAAAUACAGGCCGUUCAGCCGCAGGUCACAGCACCAGAGAGACCAGAGAGGGGGGACCAGCUGGAGCCCGAGGUCGUGAUCAGGAGUCUGGAGGAGACAAAGAGGACGCUGGGAGAGGGAAUCAGGACAAACACGCUUUAUAACGCUGUGUUUACGUACACAGCCACUGCCAUCACCAUCAGUGCUGUUUAUGUGCUGCUCAGAGGAGCUGGUUAGACCCGAUACCUCAGGAUUCAACAGGUCCACAUGCACUGAGUCAUUAUCAGCAGCUUGUCGUAAUAAUAGAAAUGAAAGAGGUCAGAAUUAAACUUGUACAGGGUUAAAAGUAACUCACUGGUGACUCUUUAAGAGAUGAAAUGUUAGCAGGACUUUUGACCUAAUUCUAACAGUGCUGCACUCAGCUGUUAGCAGUCUUUAUAAUGAACUUCACACAGUGAAGAUAAAACACUGGAGGACAGCAUACUUACUGAGUCAAUUUAAUGUCAGGUGCUGUUAUUUAUCUUUGGAGCUGCCUUUAUCGAACACAGCUGGAUACAAACAGCUGUUAUCGUCUUAAAAUAUAAGAAAGGGUUUCUUAAUGUUUUGAAAGUAUUCGGCCGCAGCAUGUGGACUCGUCUACACCUUUUCUUUAGUGAACAAGAAGCAAAUUUCUUUUUGCCUGAAAGCAGCUAAAUCCAAACCUGCUGAAUAAAUAAUACAGGCAGCAAAGUUAUCAAAUCCUCUUCAGCUUCUAAUAUGAAACAGAGAAAAUAAGAGAUUCCCCAUGGUUGAGAAACAGGAAGUAUAAGCUGUUUGGCUAAUAGCUUGACUAGUUAUCAAAGUGCUUUUUAAUAACUACAUGUGAUCACAAACCAGCUUCAGUCAGUCUUCUCUUGGCUCCUUCAUGUGAGAAACUUUCUCUUUUCAGAACAAACGCCCUGUUCCUGCACUAAAUCUGACAGUUCUGAGUCUGAAGAGCAUUAUCACUCCAUCCGGAACUAUCAGUUAAAUGGGAAAAAAAGUAGCUUUCAAAUUUCUAGUUUUAGCAAAAAUGAAAAUCUAGGCUAAUGGACGCGUUGGAAGGGAAGAUAACACUCAGAAAACCAACCUUGUGUAUUUCCACUGAGAACCUGCUGCUCGAAAAAACUCGAAAGGGGUUGACAGAUAUUGGUUUUAAGGGGCCAAUACUUAUAUCAAUUAUUGGUGGUUCAAUGCAAAUGCAACCAACACCUGUGAACUGUGAUCAAUAUUUAUUCAAAGUAAAAAUCUUUCUGUUAAAAUUCAGGAUUUCGACUUGCCAUUAAAAAACAAGCUACUCCGUUAUAAUGAUCAGAGAUGAGUAUGCACAACAGUAAAGAUUAGCUUUCAUAUCUGAAGCCUCUACAAAAUUUACAGAAUGAAGUAUUUGGCUGUUCUUGUGCUCUGAUUUUCCACUUACAGCUGCCGUGGUUUGUGUUGGUUCUGGCGCCCCCUGUGGACAAAAUGUUGGCAGGAUAUUAAUUCAAAGUAGAGCUCUUUAGUUGGUUAGUGUAGUGGAUUUAUUGGCAAUUUCUAAGACAAAUGAAUUAAUACAGAUAGUGGGCUAAAUACAGAGUAUCAGCCCCCAACAGUCGGCCUGGCCAAUAAUCGAUCAACCCCUUCUUUGCAAACAAUCAAUUUCCAAAUCAACACUAUUGUCAGUCUUCUCCAGACCAAACGUAGUGACCUGCGAUCUGUUUGACAGUUGUGCAUUUGACCCUUUUUAUUGAUCAUAUAGGUGAGUAAUGAGGUCAUGUGCCUGCUAAAGCUUAUCUUUGGUUACUUCAUUCAGAUUGUUCAGAAACAAAGGGACCACUCGCUCACACCUGUAAUCCCACUUCAGGUACUGUUUUCGCUCAGCUGCAAAUCGAAACUGUGAUUCUUAGACAGCUGUUUCAGUUGCAGUUCCGGUUUAAAUGUGAGGAGAGCCUGUUAUGUAUAAAGUCAAUCUAUUGCAAAGCUGAUUAUUUUAAAUAAAUGGAGCAAUAACUGCUGAAAUGAAAUGUGAUCUUCUUCAAAUCGAUGAAAGAAAACUGUCUGACCUGACGACGAACAGACCUCAGCCCCUUAUAAACAGCUCUGAAUGAACUAUGAUUGCCAAAAAUGUGAGAGCUGCUAAAAGUUUUGCAGAGCAGAACAUGUUCACGCAGAAUUUAAGUGUUUAAGUGAACCUGUAGUUGUGUGUUGGCGUUUGGCUGUUCAUCAUGAUGUUGACUGUGUGCACUGAGCUCAAUAAUCACUGCAUUAAAACAGUUUAAAUUCAAACUACUUUAGAGAAUCGAGUUUGUUUAGUGUUCAAGAGUCCUUCGGUAAAUUACUCACUUUCUGUCUCCUGCUGAUAAAGAAAAACGGAUUUACUUUAUAACUUUAUAACAAACAGCUUUGUUUAUUGUUUCUUUUUGUCAUUAAAAAACUUCUGUCAGUUAAUCAUCUGUUGAAAGUGAAAAAACUCUGAAAAAACACAUAAAAAUCUCCUGAUAAGAGCGCCCUCUGCAGAGAGUUUUUCUUAAACUGAUUUUUUAAAAAGAUAAAGAUGUGGCCAAAUUAAUUCAGGGUUUAAUUAUCUGGAACAGAACACAACUUCACAUUUUAGAGGCUCAAAGGAUAAAACAUUUCCCAUCACAUACUGUAAAUUAUCUGAGAUAGAUUUUAAUUUAAUUGCAGAUGAGAAACUGAUGAAGCAUGAAGGUUUCUUUUAAUCCAUCUAGGUGAUGAGUAGAUCUACUGAGUGAUUAGUUUUAGAGAAGCUGAGAGUUCCACUGGUAACCAGCAGGGGGCAGCAGCUGAACAUGAUCCACUACAUGAAACCUGCAGCUCUGUGAUUUUUUCUCAUCUUUAUGUUCAUCAGUCUUUUACAGUUUUUUUUUAAAGGUUUUGAUGACAUAUUUAUCUUUUCCUUUACACCAGACUUCAGAUACCGGGUUAUUUGGUGUUUGGAGGUGAUAUUUCUAUCAUUUCAUUCAAUAGAUAUGUCAUUAUAGAAGUUUUCUCACUUCUCACCUGCUGGAGGACUUUCUGAAAACUCCCCUCCUGGGUCAGUAAGAGUGUUGAAUCACCAUGUGAGGUAAUUAUGUUUUAUAUCACUACAUUUGACUACUGAACAUAAAACCUUUCACCAGCUAAGGUUUCAGUUUGGAAACAUAAUCUAGUGUUUAUUUCACUCUGACCCAGUGACUUCAUGUCCAAAAACCUGAAGGAUAAAAUUAACUGGUAAAAAAAAAAAAAAAAAAGCUAAGUGAGAUUUUUAGAGAGAGUAGUGAGUUCAGGGUGUAAAAUAUUAUAAUCACACGACUAUUAUUUCUUAUUCAAACGAUUAAAAAAAGUCCUCGUGUUGCAGCGUCCACAUACUUUUGGCCGUGUGUUGUCUGGACAGUGUCUCGUCCCUCUGUCCUGAUAAAUCCUCUGCAGCAGGUGUUCAGUCUUUACUUAGCACAAUGACAGAUACGAAACCACAACAAACACACACACACACACACACACACACACACACACACACACACACACACACUCACACACACACACUCCACAUUCUGAUCCCUCGGCUGAUCGUGACACUAAUCUAGAAAAAAAAAACAUGCUCCUUGUUUGAAUCAACAGGACAAGCUGCUGAAUGAGAAAAAAAGUCACUCUAAAAGGAUUUAAAACUGCUUAUUCAUAGCUGGGAGAAAUGUCUGUUUCUGCAUAUAAUAUCUCGUCAUGUGAUUUGCAAGCAUCGUGUCUGCGACUGAAAAAAAGGAAGAGUCACUUUUUAUUCAUGCCUUUGCUCCAGAGUUGACUCUACAGCAUUUUUUGGAUCUGUGACAUCUCUCAGACGUACAGCCAAAAAAAGCCUGUGUGUAAAAACCACAAAGACACAUGAACAAGUACUGACAUGCCAAUAAUACAAAACCAGAAAGAGACUCUGGGGUAGUUUGAUAAAAACCCUUAAAAAAGCGAAUUAAUUUGGUAUUUUCAUGACAAUCUCUCUAAAGCUGCAACACCACAAACAGUCGAGAGUUUAUGUUUGCAGACUCCUGGCAAUCCAAACUAAAUCCGACCACACCUGUCUGUGGUUAUUAAAUAAACACUUGAAGUUAAAUAAACAACUAAGUUUUAUAAAAGUUCACCUUCACUUUCAUCCUCAUGAAACACUCAAGUCUACAGAGUGUUUUUAUUUCUACAAGCUGUGCAUAUAUUUUAUUCGUCGGUUAAAAUGGAAACUAAUGGGAAUGGGCUCGAUCUUGGGUGUGGCUCUAGUGGACAUUUAAGGAACUGCAAUUAAUGGCACUUACUUGGACUCCAGUCAGACUUCAGUUGCACACCAAUGUGGCUUCAGACUUGACUUGGACUCACCAUCAGCUGAUCAUGCUGCAGAUAUUGUGUAUAAGAAGAGAGGCGUUGGAGGAGACGGAAAUGGAGGACGGCAGCGAUACUGGAAAUGUGCACCGCCAAGCAGACCAAUCAUAAUCCUCUCUACUUUCCGGCGUUUAUAAAACUCCUAACACUGUGACCAUGUGACCAAAGACAUGACAUGUGACAAGUAUUUCAGCCCUCAAAGAGGUCGUCCUUGAUUUUAAUGUCUCAUCUCAGCUGUGCCAGAAACAACACCCAACAAUAACAGCUGAUUUUUAAUAAAUGUUCUUUGCUGUGUUUGUUCAGGUGCGGGCAGGUGUGGCAAGAUGCUUCAGCUUUUUAUUCUUCUGACACUUAAAUCAGUGUAGCUGGAGGCUAAAGCAGAACUUUAGAUUAAAAAAAAAACAAUGUUGAAGAAUAGAUGGAUAAAUAUGAUAAGAACUAACACUUCUAUGUUUUUUUUCUGUCGCUACAUUAAAAUGGACCCUGAAAGCCUCUUUUAACUCAACUCUGCCUCUCUCCGAACAGAAAGCAGCACUCACAGGUAUUAUUAACACUCAGGUAUCGUGAACACUGUGACCUGGUUUCUACUGUCACGUGAAGACGCACACCUUUUCUACUUCUGCAGGUAAACAGUGUCUCGGUCAUGUCUUCAGAGUUUCUGCUGAGCAAACACACCUGAUCCAAAAGUACCAAGCUGAUAUCAGGAAACUUGUCUGAUGGUGAACUACCUGAAUCUGUGUUUUCUGUGUUAUUCUUGCAGCUUUACCCCUCUUUCUUUAUCGCUGAUUCAGGACAAAUAAAGUUGAAUAUCUGAAGUUUAUUAUCAGGGGUGAAUUAAAUGAUGACAAUCUGAAGCAAAAUGAUGUUAAAGCUGCUUUUUUAACAGCUCACUGUCCUCCUCUUAAUGUGAAAUGUAAAAAAAAAAACUUUUAUUUUUGUUGUUUUUGUUUAGGUAGUUUAGUUUUGGGUCUUUUGUUUCUCUGGGUCACUUUUGAGACAGAUUAGGGGGUGACGGUCUAUUGCAUGACUGAUCUAAUACCUUCACAUCACCUGCUCAUCAACGCGACUGACUGUUAUAAAACCAAAUCUCCUCUAUGACCUUGUUGUUUGUUGUUUUGCAGCCGCGGGGCGUCUCAUCUUGUUUUUGGAUUUUAGCGUCAGGCGUGUCUCACUGUUGUGUUUGUGCAUUUUUAUAGUGAUGCAUUUUUUGGCAGCGCAGGUGUUUUAACCGCCGAGAGCAUUUCCAUGGAAAGUGAUGUUUACUUGAGGGCUGUACCCAGCUCUUCAACAUCACAUGAGCGCCCUCUUCAACGCUACACUAAUGACGGAGACGGAGGAGAGGAACAGAAAGAGGAAGAGAGAGAGACGGACAUGUGAGGAGGGAGACAAAAGAAAGAGAGAGGAAGACAAGGGUCGCUGACACCUCUCCUCCUCACAUGACAGAACUAUCCAGGUCACCCACUCAGCUCUGAGUCCUUCACAGUGCACUGAGGAGACUGUAACAGCUGGACUGUUUCUCCAGCUGCUCAGCUGACAUCCACACACCUGUAUCGAGAACAGAAACAUCUUCAGUGGUGUCCCUGAUGCUCUUGUUUGCUUCUGUAUGUCAUAAAAAGGCAUCAGUAGUCAUUUCAGUCUAUUUCCUAAAGGUCAAAAACUCCUCACUAACAGGUCACAGGCCUAAAGAGAAUCGCUGACUCUCCUCUCAGCUUGGACUGGUACCGACUGCAUAAUCUGCAGCUCAUGAACACUUCAUACUGAUCCUUACUGUAACAGAAGUUUAAUAAAUAAUAAAGCGAAUAUGUAAGACACAUCAGUGUUUACAGCACAGGGAGCUGAUUCAAAGCUGGACAUACUGUGUAGAAAAUGGUGUCAUAAAUUAAGAGGAUACCCACUUCUCCGGGAUCUGCAUUAAGUCUGUUAGUGACAUAAUUUAGUGGGAAUAAGAUGAUACACAGAGGAAUUUGAGGGGGUUUUGCUGUGUGGUAGCAGUGAUUUUGUUCAAAGAUGGGGUAGGCAGGAUCUCCCAACCAGUUUUCCCCUCAACUCCUCCUCUCCCCUCCCUCUCUGCUCCAGCAAGCCCCGCCCACAAACAGACUCUCCUGCUCGCUCGUAUCGUUCCAGUUAAAUUCAGAUAUAAUGCAGAUAAAUACUUCAGAUAAUUACAAAUGGGGCCCAGUCAACGUGAAAGUAAAAAGCAUCGUUGCUACUGUAGAUGCCAACAGACUACCAGCAAACACAAUGUUUGCAGGACUUCUACAACUAGGAUAAAGUGACAUAGUCCAGGACCCGAGGGAGGACAGUUUAGCGGGGCGACAACUGGCAGCAGGUCCCGUUUGACAAGAAACACUUCUGUUACAGACACUUGUCUUACUUUGUUAAAGCGGUUUACCUGUCCAGCAGAAAGGUUACAGGGUCACCAAGAUCCCCAAGCGUCCCCCAUCGUUUAUGUUGACCCGGCUUUUUAGCUCUUGUCCGGUCUACCUCCGUUUUAAGCGCCUGUUGUUUCACCAGAGUUUCCGGUAUUUACUUUGUUUUCUUGCUUGUGUCGGCAGUCGUUGCUAAAGGAGGAUUCAGACAAUUUUUCGUACUUUCUGGUUGGUUUUUACUGUCCGAUGUUGUAGCACGCUAACUUUGUAUAGGCUCAUGCAUGUUAUUCGAGGAUGUGGAGCGUGCCUCACAACCAAUCAGGUUGGGGGAGGCGGAGAACGUCUUUGUUUACAGUCAGAAAUAGUGGGCCCUCAAAAACUUUAAAAUGUUACACAGACACACAGAACACAGCGAUAUUGUUAUAUUACCAAAUGUCAUCAAUAACUGAUAACUAUUGACAGAUAUUCAAAGCUUUUUUUGUAUAUACACCACAAAAUAAGAUGCUUCUUUAACGGAAUCCGGCCUACCUCACCUUUAAUGUUAAAAUACAACUGAGUGAAAAAACUGUGAGUGCCCCAAAGAGAGAGAUUUCCUUCAAAAACACACCAAGCAAACCCCUCCAGAUCUUGCACCAAGCCUAAAUAGAUUCUGUCUGUCUGUCUGAGUGCUGCUGUUUAAGUAGAUGGGAGUCAGGAUCGGGUCAGUCCUUUUUAAAAUGUGUGUAAUCCUGCAGGUGAAGUUUUCAGAGUUUCAGAGAAGGGUUAAAAAUAGAGCUCUGAAUCACCUGCUGGUCUCACUGUUGGACCGUCCCGAGUUCUCACAUGAUCGACGACCUCCAGCGCCAAAAUCUCCAACUGUGUGGGGCAGGAUUUGGCAGGAACUGGGUCAGUGUGUGAGAUUUCAUAUUAACUUUUUAGUGACUCCUGCAGCCCAGUGGCAGAUUUUAGAGUUUCCUCGAACACUCUGGCACUUUCCAGUUUCACGUGACAAUGACAUGAUUGUGCAUAAAAGUAGUAACACCAAAUUCAAAUUACUGUCGGGGUUGUAAAAUGUGUUUUUUAUAACAUCUUCAACUCAAGAGUGGAAAAGUUUUACAGUGGUGGAUUGUGAAAGGUCUGAACUUUGACCCUCUGUCCUUGGAUCUUCGUGGAUCAAAGGAACUCGUGAUAAGCCGGUUCACUGAGGAAAAGUUUAAAACAGCUCAGCAGUGACAGAUUUGAUAUCUUUACAAACUUUAUCCAUAAAAAGGCGAUAAUUUCUCGCCCUUUCAGCUCCUCUUGUGAAUAAACUCUCAGACGCGCUCUCAUCGUUGAUGACUGCGACUUCGAUCCAAGAUCUGUCGGUUAAGUCACGUCAUGUGAUGUUAUUUACUCUAUAUAGAUAAGCAGAAGUGGUCAGUGGACCUGACUCACAUUCACAUUACGCAAACACAAUAUUUACACACUCUUCAUUUUACUGUAGGACUCAUUCACCUGCAGCUUCCACAUUUUACUACAGGCUGGUACAUUUCCAGAACGCUCCAGAGGUUAGAUUAUCUCCUGGUUUGUUCCUGAAACUUUUGAAACGUCUGUGUCUCCUCCUCUUUUUUCAAACGUUGACUCCACAGCAGCAGGUUGAAAUGACAGGAGAUUAGACUGUGGGCUGUUUGGUGCACCUGUGACUGACUGCUCACCUGUCCUCUCACACAGUGACCUCUGGGCUUC